AUGGGUUUUUUCACGAAGCAGUGCCAAAAUGUGAAUAAACGCAACACAAAAGCACUGUUACGCGUUAAUCCAUCUGUACUUCCAGCGGCACUUCUUCCAGGCACUUGUACAACGCUAGAUAUUAAUGGACUGCGUAAACGUGAUGGAACCCUUAUUUUUACUUCACAAAAACAUCGAACACAGGCAGAAAACAGGCGUGCAUGUCUUCAGAAGCUUAAAGAUGCUAUUAAUGCAGCAAAUGCAGCCUCUAUGCCUCCACCUGUUCCCUCUGAAGCACAACUGCAGCGUGCAAAAGCACGUGUUGCCAUGGCAACAGAGAAGAGGCUUCGUGACAAGCAUUAUCAGAGCAACAAGAAAGCGUCCAGACGUGCAGGACGGUGUGAGGAAUGGUAG